AAUAAUUAUUUGUUGCAAACGUAUAAACAUAAACCAUUAAUAAACGUGAUGUUCAAGCAACCUCUCAAAAUAUUAUUUUAAAACAAUUUAACUUAGUUUAAUACAAUUAUCAAUCACUUGCCUCUUUUUUAUAUCACCUCAUCUUUAGCUGCUCUCUCUCCCUCCUUCUCUCGACUCUAUCUUUUAGUAAUUAGGUUUAGAUUUUGGUGGGGUUUGUUCUAUAGAGAGAGAGAGAGGGAUCAGUAAAAGAUGAGCUGGUGUGAUGGUUCAGAUGACCUCAAUCUUGAAAGAGCAUCCAACAUUGAUCAUCCAUCGAUUCAACUCAAAGAUCAAUCUCCAUCAUGUGUCACGAGCCGUCCAGAUUCAAAGAUUAUCGUUGAAUCUCCCAUUAUGACUUGUUCUUCUUGUGGACAUAAGAUGCAUCAACAAGACGACCAGGUUGGCAGCAUCAAAGAUUUACCAAGUUUACCGGCAGGAGUCAAAUUCGACCCGUCGGAUAAAGAGAUCCUUAUGCACUUGGAGGCGAAGGUUUCAUCCGAUAAGCGGAAGCUUCAUCCGUUGAUCGAUGAGUUUAUACCUACACUUGAAGGAGAGAAUGGAAUUUGUUAUACGCAUCCUGAGAAACUUCCUGGAGUAAGCAAAGACGGGCAAGUACGACACUUCUUCCACCGGCCGUCAAAGGCUUACACGACGGGAACACGAAAACGUAGAAAAGUGAGCACAGACGAGGAAGGGCACGAGACACGGUGGCACAAAACGGGAAAGACCCGACCAGUUUUGUCUCAGUCAGGAGAAGCUGGUUUCAAGAAGAUCCUAGUGCUCUACACGAACUACGGUCGCCAGAAGAAGCCCGAGAAGACGAACUGGGUGAUGCAUCAGUAUCACUUAGGCCACAGUGAGGAUGAGAAAGACGGCGAACCAGUUCUCUCUAAAGUCUUCUACCAAACACAACCUAGGCAAUGUGGAGGAUCGACCGAAACUAAACCUAAGAAUCUCGUAAACCUAAACCGGUUCAGUUAUGAAAAUCUUCAGGGCGGCUUUUCGUAUGAGCAUGGAGGGAAAAGCGAAGACACGACGCAGGUGAUUCGAGAGUUGGUGGUUCGUGACGGCGAUGUGUCAUGUUCGUUUCUUAGUUUUACUUGUGAUGCAAGUAAGGGUAAAGACAGCUUCAUGAAGAAUCAAUGAAACAUAUAAUAUACAAAUGCAGGUGCUUGUGGAGUAAAGAUGGGGAAAAUAAUGAUGUGACUGAGGGAGAACAGAUUCUUUGUGUAGGUGUUGGGUAACUAUCAUAGUAAAUUAUCUCAAAGCUUUAAAGAGAUUUUAGGUUUAACUUUUGUUUGGGAUUUAAAUUGGGGAGGCAACUUUAACCUCGACGCAUUACUAAUCUUUGUUUUUUUUUCGUCCUAAAUAAAAUCUGUCGAAAAAUACUGUAAUAGCUCUUCUUUCCAAUUAUUGUAACAAAAUAAGGUAAUAAUCAAAUAAAUAAAGGGAUAUUAAUACAUAUGAAAGUUGGGUAUCUGUCUCUAGGCUAAUUAAUGUAUUUUUCUAUUAGUAAGCACCAUGUUACGUUAUCAUAUCCAGAUUCAAAUCCUCUCUGUUGCGUUGCAGUAUGCUCUUUAAUUUUUUUUAAAGAAAAAGCUAGAGGAUUCUUUCUUGUAUACAAGAAAAAGAUGAGUUUCUUAUUGUUUUAUGUAUAUAAUCCAGCACGAUUUUCACAUGGUAAUUUGUAAAAUUAUUUCCAUAAUUUCAUUUUUAGAUAUAUGUAACUAUUAAAAACGAUAGCUUAUGUUUUCUUUCAUCGAAAACAUAUUUCCUACUUCAGUGUUUCUUUUUAUAAAGUAACAUCUGUCAGCUAACAUUGCUAGUUAUUUAUUCUUUUACGACUGUCACAACCCUAGUGAUCAAAUUUAUCACUGACUUAAGUUUUUUUGUUUGAUAAUAAAAAAAAACAAAAAUAUAUGACACAUGCCUAUC